AUCUUUAUAUCACAGCCAGAGUUGGGUAUCCAAAAGAUUUUAAUUGUAGAUUGGAAUGUACAUCAAUGGCACGCAAAAAGCAUUUUAUAGUGACCCUCUGGUUUUGUUCUUCUCCAUACACAGCUGGUGGUGGCGAUGGUUCUACUUGUAUGAUUGAGGAAGAUCUAGGAAUGGGAUGUAAUAUAAAUGUUCCUUGGGAACAUGGAAAAUGUGGUGAUGCUGAUUACAUUGCUGUCUGGAAUCAUACACUAAUUCCUGUGGCUGAAGCUUGUAAUCCGGACAUGAUUCUAACCGUUCAUUCAUUAUGUAUAUCUAUUUUGAUUGAACCAAAUAAUUUAGGAGAAAUAACCUAGUGGUAGGUGCUU